CCCUUUUAUUUUGAUGUUCACUUCCUGUUGUUAGUCAAACAGCAGGGAGUUCUCACCGCCGUUGUUUCGUCCGUUAACAAACCGAAAAAGGACGUCAACAUUUAGGUGAGUUGUCACCAGCACCCGGGUGACAUGAGUCCGGUUUUGAGGCGUUUUUAGAGUCGGAAGCCAGUUGUUUUAACAGUGCAGGAGGCGGCCAUGGAGGAGCAUUUUCCAGGCAGUCCCUGUUCAUCUGAGCCGGAGAGUCCUGGAGGUCUGAACCAAGGCUGCCUUCUCGACCCCGCUGAUGUCGUCUACCAUGAUCUCUCCGUCAUGGUCCCAGAAACACCCAGCCCGCAGCUCGGCAAACGGAGGAGACACCGUCUCAUCACAGAGGAACACUUGAGUCCGGCGGCUGCCGGCGGGUCUCCAGGGCGACCACAUAAGUCCAAACGCAGACGCCUGGCUGCAGCGAUGGGGGACCAGGGCUUUGUCCCAGCUUCCUCUCUCCGAGCUUUUCAUCUGGGCCCCUGGCUGGAAGCCCCGCGGCCGACGGCAUCCUGCUCUUCCUCCUCAUCAUCAUCAUCCUCCUCUUCCUCUUUCCUCACCCCAGUAUCAGAGGAGGAAGUGGAGGGAGGAGCCAGUCCUGCUUGUCUCAGCCGGAGGUUGAAGCAAAGUCUGACGCCAGCGGCGGCUUUAGCUUCGCCGGCGGCGUCUGCCUCGGCCGAGUCUCUGUCCUUCCUGACCUCGGAGGAGAAGAGAUGGCUGAACGGCGAGCAGGGAGACGCGUCAACAGCGGCGGAGGAGAUCGUCAUCAGCGACGAUGACGAGGCCGCGGUUCGCUCCGCUCAGGAGGAGGAAGACGAGGCGUUCGCUCGGAGCCUGCAGGCCCAGUUUGACCAGGAGGAGUCAGACAGCCAUCAGCAUCAUCUUCAUCAGCAGCAGCAGAGCCACCACGCGUAUUAUCCCUACAUGGAGCCCAGCUGGAUGCCUCAUCUACUGGCUGCUGUUUCUCCUCUGGUCUCCUUUGAAGAUGAUCUGAUUGGUCAAACCGGAAGACGUGGGCGGGGCCGGAGGAGGAACGCCCAGCCCGAGCUUUCAGAAGACCUUCAGGGGAACGACUACGAGGCUCUGCUGGCCUUCGAGGAGCGCCAGGGUACCGUGGUGUCCAACAAGCUGAGUCGGAGAGAGAUCCAGAGGUUCCCCACCAGAACCUUCCAGUCCAGAACCACCGGCGCCGGGAGCACGCAGUGUCAGAUCUGUUUCUGUGACUACACCAAUAAGGAGAAGCUGAGGAUCUUGCCCUGUUUCCAUGACUACCACGUCCAGUGCAUCGACCGGUGGUUAAAGGAUAACGCCACCUGUCCCAUCUGCAGAGCCAACCUGGCGGACGGAGCGGCUGGCCUCACCCCCCACCCCCUCUGACACCAG